CGCCGGGUUCCCGUCGCUGCACUCGGGCCCCGCCAACUCCAAAAACCCUAACCAAGCAAGCCCACCUUUCAGUCCCAAAACCCUCCCCACACCCUUCCCGCCGCCGCACGCCCGCCUCCCGUCCGCCGCCGCUGCUGCCGCCAUGGACGCCGACACGUCGCGCCAGGUGCGCGUGCGCUUCGUCACGAAGCUGCCGCCUCCGCUCCGCGCGCCGCCCACCGCCAUCGCGGUCCCCGCCGAGCUCUCCCGCAUGGGCCUCUCCGAGAUCGUCAACAGCCUCCUCCUCUCCGCCGAGCCGGACCACCAGGCGCAGCCCUUCGACUUCAUCGUGGAUGGCGAGCUCGUGCGGAUGCCGCUCCAUCAGUUCCUGCUCGCCAAGGGCAUCUCGGCGGAGCGGGUGCUUGAGCUCGAGUACAUAAAGGCCGUGGCGCCGAGGAAGCAGGAGCCACCAUUGCCACACGAUGACUGGGUUAGCGCGGUUGAUGGGUCCAACCCAAGCUUCAUAUUAACAGGUUGCUAUGAUGGUCUUGCAAGAAUAUGGAAAGAUGCAGCUGAAUGUACACAAGUUUUGGAGGGACACAGUGGUGCAAUUACUUCUGCCAGCUUCAUCAAUAAAGGAGUUGAAACUGAUGGCAGUUUGCAUGUUGUGACUGGCUCAAAGGAUAGGUCAUUGCGCCUGUUCAAGUUUGAUACUUCAGUCACCAUCGGCUCCUCGAAGCGAAUUGGAGCUUACAAAAUUCUUCCUGGCCAUACAUCAUCUAUUCAAAGUAUUGCUGUUGACCCUUCCAGAAAUAUGAUAUGUUCUGCUUCCUGGGAUACCACUAUUAAGCUAUGGGCAGUCGAAGGAUCUGAAGAAGAUGGCGACACCGUCUCUGUGAAAAAGAGAAGGAUGAACUCUGAUGCAUCUGGACCUGAAGAGUCUCAGUUAGAGGGUUCAGCAUCUUCAACACUUCUGGGACAUACACAAUGUGUUUCUUCUGUUGCUUGGCCUGAGCAGCGAACAAUAUAUUCGGCAUCUUGGGAUCAUUCUGUUCGGCAGUGGGAUGCUCAAACAGGGAGAGAAACAUGGAACAUGUUUUGUGGGAAGGCCUUGAAUUGUUUGGACUGUGGUGGCGAGGGCUCUUCACUGAUUGCAGCUGCUGGUUCUGACCCUGUAUUGAGGGUAUGGGAUCCCCGCAAACCUGGAACGACAGCUCCUAUUUUCCAGUUCUCUUCACACUCAAGCUGGAUCUCCGCCUGCAAAUGGCAUCCAAGUUCCUGGUUUCAUUUGAUAUCAUCCUCGUUUGAUGGGAAAGUGAUGUUGUGGGAUCUAAGAACAGCUUGGCCUCUGGCUUCUGUGGACUCCCACAAAGAUAAGGUUUUAUGCGCCGAUUGGUGGAAAGGAGACAGCGUGAUAAGUGGUGGAGCUGAUUCCAAGCUGUGUAUCUCAUCAGGGGUUGAGAUAGCGUGACGAGGAUUCCCUCCUGUAUGUUCUUGUGCUAUCAAGCUAACAGCUGUUCAAUCCAGACUAUAUUGGUUGACAAGACAUCCCGAAAACCAAACCAUGCCAAUUAUGGUUGGAAGCACGUGCACCCUAUUGUCAGAUCAUGACUUCAAAUGAAGUUGUUGCAUCCUAUGCCAGCGCUUGCGCAUAAGUAGAUCCAUGUUAGGGGUCACCAGAUUUUGCAAUCAAGUUUUGUUUUGUGCUCCUUAUUUGCUGAAACUGUGAAAAGCCAACACAUUUAUAACAAUGUUGUGAUUCAUACUUUCGAGAUAAUUGUUCUAGCAUGUUAAAUUCCAGAUUGUUUUUGCUUCGGCAA